UGGAAAGUCUGAAAACAUCACGCCAUAUCGCCUCAAACUCCACCUCCUUUCUCCGCUCUCCCCCUCCGUCAUGUCCCCCCGACCGACACGCAAGACCCCACGCCCCGUCGCCCCCCUCCCCGCCACUGCGAACACGGUGAACGCGUCGAGCCAACUUGACAUCCAGCUCGGCACUGGCAUCGCGCGGCACCACAAUGGAGACGAAGAUGACGAUGCGGACCGGGACAGAGGAUACGGCGGGCAAUAUAGAGGAUCCGGUCUGGUUCCGGGCUCGCUGGCGGCUCAGGACGCGGAUGGAGGGGCCAGUGGGAAUUCGCCCAAGAGCCCGAGUGGGAGUGCAAGUCGGAGUGGGAUCGUGGUGAAGAGACAAGUCACGGUAGAGGUCCAGCCUCUGUCCACGAGUACCAGUCGACCAGGGGAGAGGAGGAGCGCGAGGGUGAGGGGGAAAGAAAGGGGAAGGGAUAAAAGGCCAGAUGGUGGACAGCCGGAACGACUGGAACGGCCAGUGGAACUAGCCAGUGUGGAUGGGCAGCAAGCAGCAGGACAAGGAUCAGAUGGUACGGUAGAGCACGAAGUUGAAAAGCUCGUGGGUCUCCCGUCGAGUGCGACGGAGGUUACAGGUAUCGGCCAAAAGCCGGCAUCGACAGAUGGACAGCCAAGUGCAGCCGUAUCACAACCAACAGAGUCUGGCAUUUCCGAGAACAAACCACGAGCAAAAGUAUCUAGUUCAAUAACAACAACAGUCGUAAAACCUGCCCCACCCAGGAAAUCCACGCCCAGAACCAAACCUCCAAUGCGUUCCAAGGGCACAUCCUCAACCCCCAGUGCUAACCCAGCACCUGCACUUGCACCCGCAUCAGCAUCUACGCCCGCAUCCACAGAUCCGAAAUACAAAGGCAAACCCAUCGAGCGGCGUGUUCUCCCUGCCCGAAUCCGUCGCGCAGCAGGGGGAGGUCUGGAAGGCAUGAGGGACGUGGAAGAGAUGGUUGUCGAUUGGUUACAACGCUGGGGUGAGCCCGUCACGACCCCUCCGGAUGGCUUACCCAUCCUCCUUACUACUUUACCACUCGAGAUGCUUAACCCGCCACCUGUAUUCACAUCAACCGCCUCCUCGUCCGGGCAGGAACAAUCGAGUAGACCGCCGAUAACGUUGACUCCGUCGCGUAAGAUUGAUCCUGCAUCAAUAGAGAUGGUCAGAGUCAAGAUGGAAGGCACGGAUGCGCUCGUGGAUGUGAAAGGAGAAAAUACGUUGGGGCAGGAAGAGAUGAUUGAGACGCCCGGGUGGGUGAUGGUCAAGCCUGGGGAGGAUGACGAACAGGAAGCUAGAGAAGAGCUGAAAAAUGGCCCAUUGAUUGGGACUGGGACUGGGGGUGUUGGGAAAGGUAAGGGAGUUGUCAGUCCCGUCAAGAGGUUACGGAGGAUGCACGACGAGCCUGAAGAAGAUACAUCCGACGCACACUACAUUCAGUUGCAUCGCAGACACGAAGCUUUUGAACGCCGCCAACGUCUGCGCGAAAAAGAAAAACUCCAAUUCGAGCGGUACAAACUGCGUAGCCGAAUCGACCUCUUGCGCAACUUGUCAAAACCCGCUUGGGCAUCGAUCGUAGCGACCGUCUUGGCUAGGGAUGAAGAUGGUUGGAAGAGUGGGAGAGUGAAAGUGGAAAAGGAAGGAGAGGAAUGGUUGAGGGAGAGGUUGUUGAAGGAAGGUGAAGAGGUAAUGAAACGAUAUGAAGAGCUUUUACCCCCUGAAAACCGGAAACACAAAGCCGGUGCCGGUAUCAACGCCCAGCAUCAUCACCAUCACCUCCCAACAGACGCAACUCCCAACUCUACUCGUUUCUCAUCCCCAUCCGGAUCAACAUGCGCAUCCAGGAUUCAAUCCCUUACGCCGGAACCUACCGUCCUCCCUGCGCGAGUCGCUGCUCUUCGAGACCCUGUGGUGGCUUCGACGGGUAAGCGCAAACGCUCUAGUAUGGGUGCGGGUACAAGUAUGGGUACGAGCAAAGGUCGGCACUCGUCGGCGCUGGGUGAUCGCAACAGGGACAGGAAUGAGAAUGAAAACGGGAAGCCGGAUGGGGUUGGAGAGGAGGAAGGCGACUCAUCAGGUUGGAAGAAAGUGGCCAAGGCGUGUACUAGGAAAAAGCAGAGUGUUCAAAGUGCACGACGACUGGAUGUAGAUGUAAAUGAGGGUGAAGCUCAAGUGGUGGGUGAUGGGGACGGCGAUGGCGACGACGAUGGAAAUGGAGAGCGUGCAGAGCAAUUAUGGAAAAAUCAAAAUUCCCUGCCAGACCCUAUGGUAUCCUCCCUCCCCCCACCCCAAAUCUCUCAACCCCAAGUCCCCGCCCCUCCGCCCCUACCACCACCAUUCUUCCCACCCUUCACUGCCUCCGGCCUACCAUGCCUGAUCGAAGCCGCCUCCCGCCGCGAAUCCGCCCUUCAAGAAGCCGAAGCAAGUAAAGCCAGAGCUGCCGAACCUAGAAAAGGGAGAUUGAUAAGUCGGGAGAAGACGCGGAUGAGUACAAGGUUGGGUGUGGUUAGUCCUUUUGGUUUACCGAUACCUGGCGUGGUGGAAUAUAAAUACGAGUUUACACUCACGGAGGAAGAAGAUUUCUGGCCGAUCAUAGCCGAACGUGAGGCGGCUGCGAAUAGGCAUCGAAGAGAGAGUCUGUUGGGUCAGAAUGGGUUGAGCGGGUUAGGGAAUAUGGGUACGAGUUCCAAUGGGAGCGUGCAUAACGAGGGGUCUACCCGACAGGUGGAGCAGGCUGCAGUGUCGGGAGCAGAAAAGAUGGAAAAUAUUGUUGUAUUAUAGAGAGGUUCAGCUCUCUUCUCCCUAUUUGUAUAAUGAUAUAGCAAUCAAGCAUAAUAUGGCAUACCGA